UAUAUAUAUAUAUAUAUAUAAAUGCAUAAUCAUUAUUGAAGGAAACACUUAUUACUAAACACCCUUCUCUCUAUUCUUGUUGCUUUGCUUUCCUCUUAGGUCAAGUUGGAAAAAUGGCACCAAAUAAGAAUGGCCGUGGCAAGACGAAAGGAGACAAGAAGAAGAAAGAAGAGAAGGUUCUUCCUGUUGCUAUGGAUAUAACAGUAAAUCUUCCAGAUGAGACUCAUAUUAUUCUAAAGGGAAUAUCUACGGAUAGAAUAAUCGAUGUUCGUCGAUUAUUAUCGGUGAACACAGCAACGUGUAAUAUCACAAAUUUUUCAUUAUCUCAUGAGGUAAGGGGCCCACGUUUAAAAGACACAGUGGACAUUUCGGCCUUGAAGCCAUGCGUCCUCACACUCGUAGAAGAGGACUACAACGAAGAGAGCGCGACGAGUCACGUUAAACGCCUGCUGGAUAUCGUCGCCUGUACGACGUGUUAUGGUCCGUCCAAUGGAGAUUCCGGCGAGAAUUCUGAAGCUACAAAUGACACAAAGAGCGUUAAGAAAUCGAGUAAGCUGCGGAAAAAUGGAAAGGACAAGCGAUCUCCUUCACCGCCGGAGGAGGCUGCAGCGGCGGUGGAUGAAGACGGAGAAAUGAGCAAUUCCUGUCCGAAGCUUGGUAGCUUCUACGAGUUCUUUUCACUUUCUCAUCUCACGCCACCUCUUCAGUUUAUAAGAAGGAGAACAAGAAAGGUUGAUGAAGUUCCAUCAAAUGAUUAUCUUUUCUCACUUGAAGUAAAACUAUGUAACGGGAAGUUGGUUUUGGUUGAAGCUUGCAGAAAAGGUUUUUAUAACACUGGAAAGCAUGGGAUACUUUGUCACAAUCUUGUGGAUUUGUUGAGACAACUAAGCAGAGCAUUUGACAAUGCCUACGAUGAGCUCAUGAAAGGAUUUCUGGAGCGUAAUAAGUUUGGGAAUCUUCCUUAUGGUCUCAGAGCCAACACAUGGCUUGUUCCCCCUGUGGCUGCACAGAUGUCAUCAAUCUUUCCAUCUCUGCCUGUGGAGGAUGACAAGUGGGGAGGAAAUGGAGGUGGUCUAGGCCGAGAUGGAAAAAGUGAUUUAUUACCUUAUGCAAGUGAACUUUUGUUUAUUGCAUCUAUGCCUUGUAAGACAACAGAGGAGAGGCAGGUUCGAGAUAGAAGGGCUUUUCUUCUUCAUAGUUUAUUUGUUGAUGUUGCGAUUUCUCGGGCCAUCUCAGCUGUGCGACAUGUAAUGGAGAAAGUUAAACCAGCUCAUUCUGAUGCAAACAGAGAAAUCAUUUAUAAUGAGAGAGUUGGGGACUUGAGCAUAUCGGUCACCAAAGAUGUGCCGGAUGCUAGCUGCAAAAUCGAUACCAAAAUUGAUGGAUGUCAAGCAACUGGAAUAGCUAAGAAAAAUUUGAUUGAAAGACAUCUACUCAAGGGGAUUACUGCUGAUGAAAAUACUGCUGCCCAUGAUAUUGCCACUUUAGGUGUUUUGAAUGUAAGGCAUUGUGGUUAUAUUGCGACUGUAAAAGUUCAAGGGAAAGAGAGUGACAAAGUGGGAUCUCCAUCGGAAAGCAUUGAACUUGCUGAUCAGCCUGAUGGUGGUGCAAAUGCCCUUAAUAUCAACAGUUUAAGGUUUCUGCUUCAUGAGAAAGAUGACAACAAGGUAAUGCAUUCAAAACCCUCAGAAUCUGAAGAGAUCAGUUCCUCUCGGGCAUUUGUUAAGAGAAUACUAGAAGAGAGUCUUAUCAAGCUUCAAGAACAGAAUAUAGAAGGUGACUCUUUCAUCAGAUGGGAACUUGGAGCUUGCUGGAUACAGCACUUAAAGGAUCUAAAGAAAUCAGAGAAAGAUAAAAAAUCUCAUACAAUGAAGACAAAAGAUGAGAUUAAGGUUGAGGGACUGGGAAUACAUCUCAAAUCCCUUAAGAACAGAAAGCAGAAUGAACUCCAGUCUGAAAGCUUCAAACCUGUUGCAGAUAGUGUAGAUGGGAGAUCAGAAAAAGAUGUCUUUCCAUCAGAGGAUUCUCAACGUGAGACUGAUGCCAAUCACAAUCAGCUCAGACUGAAGUCGUUGUUGUCUCAUGAUGGUUUUACUCGUCUGAAAGAGUCGGAGACCGGACUUCACCUUAAGUCUGUGGAAGAGCUGAUUGAUUUGUCGCAGAAGUACUACAAUGAAGUUGCCCUUCCAAAACUGGUUGCGGAUUUUGGUUCUCUGGAACUCUCACCAGUUGAUGGUCGAAAUUUAACUGAUUUCAUGCAUACCAGAGGUCUGCGUAUGCGUUCUCUUGGACACAUUAUAAAACUUUCAGAGAAGUUAUCUCAUGUGCAGUCUCUAUGUAUACAUGAGAUGAUAAUAAGAGCUUUUAAGCAUAUUCUGCAAGCUGUUAUUGCUUCGAUCAUUGAGAUUGAGGAUCUGGCUGAAGUAAUUGCUGCUACCUUAAAUAUGAUGCUUGGGUUUCCUGAAAAUGAUGAACCAAAUGAACCCCAUGGCAUUGACCCAUUUGUGUGGAGAUGGCUGGAGUUAUUUUUGAAGAAUCGAUAUGAAUGGGAGACUGGAAGCUUAAAUUACAAAGAUGUGAGGAAAAUCACAAUUCUUCGUGGUUUAUGCCAUAAGGUGGGAAUUGAAAUUGUUCCAAGAGAUUAUGAUGUGAAUUCUCCAAAUCCUUUUCGAAAGGAAGACAUUGUCAGCCUAGUACCCGUGCAUAAGCAAGCUGUUUGCUCUUCUGCAGACGGGCGACAGCUUUUGGAAUCAUCUAAGACAGCUCUGGAUAAUGGGAAACUCGAAGAUGCUGUCAGCCAUGGGACUAAGGCGCUUGCUAAGGUGGUUGCAGUAUGUGGUCCCUACCAUCGAAUGACAGCUGGAGCAUAUAGCCUUCUAGCUGUUGUUUUGUAUCACACUGGUGAUUUUAAUCAGGCAACUGUCUAUCAACAAAAAGCCCUGGACAUCAAUGAAAGAGAGUUAGGGCUUGAUCACCCAGAUACCAUGAAAAGUUAUGGAGAUCUUGCAGUUUUCUAUUACCGACUUCAACACACAGAGUUGGCUCUCAAUUAUGUAAAACGAGCUCUUUAUCAGUUGCAUCUCACAUGUGGCCCCUCACAUCCAAACACUGCCGCCACAUACAUAAAUGUGGCUAUGAUGGAGGAAGGGCUUGGUAAUGUGCAUGUUGCCCUCAGAUAUCUCCAUAAAGCUCUGAAGUGCAACCAAAGGUUACUCGGCCGUGACCAUAUUCAGACUGCUGCGAGUUACCAUGCUAUAGCAAUUGCCCUCUCUUUGAUGGAAGCUUAUCCUUUGAGUAUUCAACAUGAGCAAACAACCUUGCAGAUACUCAAAGGGAAGCUUGGUCCAGAUGACCUUCGCACACAGGAUGCUGCUGCUUGGCUAGAGUAUUUCGAGUCCAAGGCUUUUGAACAGCAAGAAGCUACUCGAAAUGGGACUAGGAAGCCAGAUGCAUCAAUAGCCAGCAAGGGCCAUUUGAGUGUGUCGGAUUUGCUCGACUAUAUCAAUCCCCGUUCCAAUGCUGUUCUAGCAAAAAGAAAAGGCUUUGUCUCAAAGGUAAAGGGGAAAUCUGAUCAGACCAAUUGUGCCUCAGCAAACUCUCACACUCCUAAAGAUGUCCUGAAAGUGAAGCAAGAUGAUCAGAAACUAAUUUGCAAAGAUGAUAGUGAUUCCCAGAUGAAUGAGGAACCCUUUGACAUAGUAGUUGAGUCCAAUCUGAAUGCAGACCGAAGAAUUUCAGCGAACAACAAACCCAUCGAACUUAGACCCUUGGUGGAAGACGCUUCAUUGGAGAAGAGUGUUAACGGUGCUUUCUUAUCUGAACCUUUUGCUGAAGCAGAUGAUGGAUGGCAGCCGGUACAGAGACCAAGAUCAGCUGGUAUGUAUGGCCAAAAACUAAGACAGAGGUGGCAAACCAUCAGCAAGGUCAUUGGUUAUCAGAGUAAAGACUCAAUUUCUGAAAUUGGCCAUGCUAGAUUGAAGAGCAACUAUCAAGCUGGUAGAUAUUUUGUCUUAAAGAAAAAGACAUCAGAUGGAAAUAAUGCAGAUUACUAUGUAGCAAAGAGUCCAUCUCACAGUACCAAACUUGGUCGAAGAGUUGCGAAAACUGUCAUGUAUCGGGUCAAGUCUGUGUCAUCAUCUGUCAGAGAUGUUGCUGCUGAGACCUCUAAUACUGGAGGCAAAUUAUUAAGUUCUUCAGUUGAGCAGAUUCAAGUCUCUGCAGUAAAAGAGGCUGGACCAAUACUGAAAAGGAGUUCCAUAGUAAGCCUUGGAAAAUCUCCUUCCUACAAGGAUGUAGCAGUUGCCCCACCAGGUACCAUCUCUAUGUUGCAGGAGAAUUUUCCUGAAGUUGAAGUUCCUGAUAAUCAAGUAGUUCUGGAACUUGGAGAGGAAGCCAAUGGGAAGGAGCAAAAGUUAGAGCCCAUGAGAAGCAAUGCAGAAUCCAUGAAGGUGGGGGACAUUCAGCAUCUUGUUGCAGAUGUUGCUGAUCAUAUAAAGAAUGAAAAAGUAGCUAUUGACAACAAAGAAGGAAUUCAGUUGAGUUAUAUGGGAGGUGGUGAAAUUUCAGAUGUCACAUGUCCAAUCAUGCCAUCAGUUCAAUCCAGCCAUGUUGAUGUUAGUCCAAUGGAAGAGGAAGUUGUCAACACUCACAACAUAUGUAUUUCUGACAAUUUAGAUCCUAGUGGUAAUUCAAAUGUUACCUUACAAGACAUGGAGUACCCAGGGGUAAAAGCUUCAGUAUCUUAUUCAAGUGAUACUAAUCGAGAAUUGUCCAAUAAACAGUUAUCUGCAUCAGCGGCACCUUUCAGCCCAUUCCCAGCCAUUUCUCGCAUAGUGCCAUUGCCUAUAAACAUUAGUCACCCUUCUGGUCCUGGAAGACUACUGCCAGUGGGUCCUUGGCCAAUAAACAUGAAUGUUCAUCCAGGAUCACCCACUAUCAUGCCUAACCCAAUGUGCUCCUCCCCUCAUCACUCAUACCCUUCACCUCCCCCCACCCCAAACAUGAUGCACUGUUUGCCCUUUAUGUAUCCUCCCUAUUCUCAACCCCAGAUGUUACCUCCAACUACAUUCCCAGUAAGCAGCAGCACUUUCCAUCCCAAUCAUUAUCCUUGGCAAUGCAACACGAAUCCUAAAGCAUCAGAUUAUGUUCCUGGCUCAGUUUGGUCUGGCUGCCACUCAAUAGAGUUUCCUGUCUCGCUACCUGUGGUUGAACCAAUUACUGAGUCAACUUUGGUUUCGGUCGCAAAAGAGUCAUCUGAUAAUUCUGAGCGCUCGAGUCCGGCACCAAGCUUGCUUGUUGAUCUCAUCUCCAGGGAUGAGGUUAAGGCAGAAGCAAAUCUCUCAGCACCAGAUGCAGUGGAGACCUUGAAUGAUAUAGCUGAGGUUGGAUCAGAGAGAGUGAGAGCAAGGAACACAUUGGCUUCAGAGUACAUUACCUUGUCUGACAAUCAAUCACAGAAGGGUGACACUCCAAAUGAGAAUGCUGGUUCCUGUGGUAAUUACAUGCAGAGACACCCUUUUAAAACUGAUGAGGAGAAGACCUUCAGCAUUUUAAUAAGGGGCAGGAGGAACCGCAAACAAACUCUGAGAAUGCCGAUGAGUUUGCUUAAGAGACCAUAUACUUCUCAGCCCUUCAAAGCUGUAUGUAGCAGGGUGAUAAGAGACUGAGUUUUCUAGUCUACCAGUUCUGAUCCAAAUGAAACUAGCAUAAAGAUUACUCCUUGAGUUAGUUUUACAGCUUUCACAAGAAAACUGUAGCAGGAUGGGCAGUUUAAGCCGAGUACACGUUUUUUGUUGCUCACUUGCAAAGACUGCUGAGGUGUUGAUUAAAAGCGCUGGUAGUACUCACAGUUCGAUGUUGUUUGCUUUCUGUUAUGCCACGUCAACUUGACUUGAAGGUUAGUUCUUUCGAACGAAGACAAUAUUUUCUGUUAAUCCUAUCCAACCCUCUAUCACCUGAGUGAAAAGAUCAUCCUUCUGCUAUGCCCCUGUUUUCGUUUUAAGGAAGAGCUAAGAAAUAUGUUUAGCAUCUUUAUAGACUGAACAUUUAUCAUCUUAAUUAAUCAUGAGAAACAUUCACCUAUGGCCUUCAUUUUUUAUAACGUUGCCUAUUGAUAUGAUAGGAUUAGCAUAUCCAAUAAGCUAUUAAUUAUUAAGUUGCAGCAAUUGUGAAAUAUCUGAUACUGUUUAUAAAUUGAUGUACGCUAGUUA